GUAAUGAUCAUUCACUCUCCAGAACAGCAGGGGGUGCUGAUGCAGCUCUUAAGGUCCAUUAAAACAAAAAACAGCAGCAGAUGAUGAUGAGGAGCUUAGUGUGAGGAGAGCAAAUCAUUCUGUGUUUACAGGAGCAGUUGGAUCUGAUGGAUGAAGUUCCAAUAAAAGAUGGAUCUUGUGGUUGGAUUUAAGCUGUUUAACUACUCUCUGCUGUAAUUACACAAGAUAUUGAUGGAGACCUGUCCAACUUCUUGUGAAGGAAUAACAAGCUCUCAAGAACAUAUUAGCGUUGAGGGCCAACAGAAUGAAGAAUUCAUGAAGAUAACCGUAAAGGAAGAAAAACCUGAAGAUGAAGAUUAUCUCUGUUGUGAAACAUCAAGCUCUUUGGACCAACAGAAUGGAGAGAUUUUAAAGAUAACAGUAAAAGAGGAAGAACCUGAAGAUGAUCACUUUCUCUACUGUGAGGAGUGCAGAUCCUUCUAUAUAAAUAAGUGUGAGGUUCAUGGUUCGGCCCUCUUUAUCCCUGAUACACCCAUUCCCAUAGGAGUUACUGAGCGUGCAAUACAAACACUUCCGCAUGGUUUAGAGGUUCGGGAGUCUAGUAUUUCUGAUGCAGGACUGGGGGUGUUUAAUAAAGGAGAGACUGUUCCAGUUGGUGCACAUUUUGGACCCUACCAGGGAGAAGUGGUGGACAGAGAAGAUGCCAUGAAGAGUGGAUACUUCUGGGUGCUCUACAAGAGCGGGCAGUCUGAGGAGUACAUAGAUUCCAAACGAGAGACUCACGCAAACUGGAUGAGGUUUGUGAAUUGUGCUCCUAAUGAAAAAGAGCAGAACCUUGUGCCAUUCCAGUAUCAAGGGGCAAUUUACUUGCGUUGCUGUCGACCAAUUAACCCAGAACAGGAGCUGUUGGUUUGGUAUGAAGAGGAGGUUGUUAAAAGAGCAACAUUUGAGAACCUGUGGAAAAAGAAGUGCGCUGCAAAAGAAAAGAAAGGCGCCCUGAUACAGGUCUUCUCCUGCUCUUUGUGUCCAGUGUCCUACACAUCUCAAAAUUACUUACAUAAGCACAUCAAGAGAUGCCACAAUGAUGAAUAUACACAAGAACUAAUAGCAGAGAAGGCUAAGCAUGAAAGUCUGAUGUCUACAGGCAGCGUGAACAUCCAAGAAGUGUCCUCUGAUACUUUAAGCAAUAACUCCUCUCGCAGACAAAUGCAAAAAGGAAUUCAUCAGUGCUUACAGUGUGGGAAGAAUUUUACUCACCAUAGUGCUCUUCAGCGACACCAGAUCCUUCACACCGGGGAGAAGCCAUAUCAGUGCUUAGAGUGUGAUAAGAGUUUUACCCAACGAGGUCUUCUCCAGUUACACCAGCGUGUCCACACAGGAGAAAAGCCAUAUCAGUGCUUGGAGUGUGAAAAGAGUUUUACUCACCAGAGUGCUCUUCAGCGACAUCAGCGCAUUCAUACAGGAGAGAAACCAUAUUACUGCUCACAAUGUGGCAAGAGUUUCAGCCAGCCGGCUAAUCUCCAACGACACCAGCGCAUUCACACGGGAGAAAAGCCGUAUCAGUGCUCAGAGUGUGGAAAAAGUUUUACAGAGCAAAGUCAUCUAAGAACACACCAGCGAAUUCACAGAGGAGAGAAGCCAUAUCAGUGCUUACAGUGUGGGAGAUGUUUUACCCAACCAGGUACUCUCCAAAUACAUCAGCGCAUUCACACUGGAGAGAAGCCCUAUCACUGCUCAGUAUGUGGGUGGAGCUUCACCCAUUCAGUAACACUUAGGAAACACAAGUGUGUUGAGACGGAGCAAUCACCUCCAGUCAACUAAAAUUUAUCAAUAACUACCAUUACUGUGUUUAGAUGGUUGGUAUUUUAUUCUAUUGUAGGCAGUUCAUGUAGUCCGUAUCCUGGCAGCAGCGAUAGUUAAAGCAUUAAAAAACCUGUUGUACCUGUAUCAAGUUGUAAAUGGUAAAAUUAUGUUCAUAUCAAAAUAAAGUUUGGGGUUCCACAAGGCUCUUUUCUAGGUCUGCAUGGAUGUCCCUGGAAAAGAUAUCGAAUUGAAGGCAGUGUAUUCAGCUCUAAAAUCUCAGUGUACCCUUUGCAUUAGUGCUGCCAUCACAGAAGUGUAAAUUACUUUUACCAGGGACACUGACACAACCCCAUACCAUAGCAGAACCUGGCUUUUGGACUUGUUGCUGAUAACAGUCUGGAUGAUAUUCCUCCAGAUUUCUUGAAUUGUUUAAUGAUAUUAUGCAGUGUAGAGGAAGAGCCCGUCCAAAUUUUCUUUGAGUAACAUUUUAAUAUUUUUUUUUUAUGCAUUUGUUGAA